CACUUAUUCAAAGCACAUUCAAAAUUUAGAGUUUAAAUAGGAGAAGUCUUUAGCCCUGCAAAGCCCUUCAUAUCUUUGUUUCAACAAAACUUAAUGUUUAAUUUUGUCUUGUUUGAACAUCCUACAUCUAGAAUUUUUCUUCUUCAUUUGGAAAAAAAAAAAACCAACACAAUUAGAUGUGCUUAAAGGAUGGUUAGCUCUGGCAAACGCAGCUCAGAAGAGGAAGUGGAGGGAAGUGAAUUGGGGUGCAUUCUGCAUUGCUGUUCUGAGCAGCUUCACGUAAGCCAUGCAAGAUCACAGGAGAUCUGUUGUAUUUGCUGAUUUUGGUUAUUUAAGCUGUUGGCAGAAUAAUGCUUACAAAGAGCUGGUAUAAAUAAAAGAUAAGAGGUGAGUAGAGAAAGCAAAAGAUAUAUAGAAUUUGGUGAGGCCAGGCAGCAUGCAGAUAUAUAUGGAAGUGUGGGAGACCUUGUCUGUGCAUCUUCUUUGUUCCUUCCUUCGCAACAAAGGGGACUUCUAGGCAUUGAUCCGUCUAUGUUUACUACAACAGCAAACCAGCAACUGUGCUGAAAGCUUGCGAGGGUUAAGCAAGUGUCUCUUAAAGCCAUACAGAUGUUUCUGGAAUAAUAAUUUUGUAUACAAAACUAUAUUGAGUGGUAAUUGUCAAGCCUCCAAAUAAAGUACAAAUUCUGAAUUAAUCUAUAUGAUUUACAUAAAGUAUUAAUUUGUAAAAUUAAAAGUUUUGUAAAGAGUACUUACCUAAUCAAACAUAAACUAGGCCUUAAAAAGGCUCCGCUACCAGUACUGUUGAAUCUGCUUUAUGAUCGGGUAGCCCACAACGCAGUAGGACUUUUCCACCACAGUACAUGUCUUGAUUAAAACCAGCAAGCUUCUCCACUAAAGAUAAAACUUUACUUUUACUGCAGUCAUUAAAAUACCUCCAAGAAAGAACACUUAAAUUGCUCAAUCCCUAUCAAAAUUUACCAAUGAACCACAACUUAUUUAAUGAAAAGGUAAGCAUCCAAUUUGCCUGGUUUUGUUACUUCAGUGUAUUUUACAAGAAGUAGAUUUGAUACAGCAGAGAUGCUAGGAUUACAGGAACUGUGACAUCAAAAGGGAACUUUUCAGAGGUUUAGCAUUCUUGAGAUACUUGUAAAUAACCUCUCCAAUAAUUACAUAUCAACAGCCUUCAUCUGUUCACUUUUUAGGUUAAUGGAUUAGAGUCUCCGUGUGUUCGUUGACAUGAGGAGAGUGCACAUCAGACCAUUCAAAGACAUGGUUAAAUCAAUGGGUCCAUUUAAAUACUUAAAGUGGAGGGGGUCUUAAAGUCUCUAGGACACCAUAUGCUUGCUAAUUUUGCAAUGUUGAGACAUGAAGUAGUAUAAAGGACAAAACUAAGGAGAAAUUUACGGUAAAAAUAUUCUAAAACAUUUACACAUUCAUAAAGGCAACAUGAAGAACUUCUUCAUUGUGCCAUUGCUGAAUAGAAUGGCAUGUGCUUCUUUCCCUUCACCAAAAGUCUGGAUAUAGCAUUCAUUUUUGAUCACACAUAUAAAAUGUGGAAUCGCCUUAUUGCUUGGUGCUUUCUUGUUGCAGUUUAUUGAUACACUGUGGACCCUGAAACUAAGAUAACUGAAUCUUUAUAGUUGUUAACUUUACUCAGUUACACUCUACAACAUUGGAUGUGUUCAGAACAAAAUAACUUUAGAAGAUGCUCAUUACAAAUUUUACUCCGUUUCUGCCAUUAAUGGUAGAAUAAACUAUGACCCUUGAUUUUUCCAUUUCUUUCUUUUGUUAUUUAUCAUUUGUCACCUUACAAAACAAAUUGACAAAUGCUUGCCUGUAACAGCUUACCAGUGCCUACAAAACAUAAAGUUAAUUUAUAGGCUUCUUUAUUAUAAUUUCUUUAGACAGGAGUCCUAGAAAAGGGCUCCAAGUUUCCAUACUGACAGCCAUUCUUGUUUAUUGUCCAGGACUAUACACUCAGAGGACAAUGAAUACAUGAAAGACAGUUAAGUCCCCACAUUCUGCAUAAACCAUCAUACCUGCGCAGGUAAUGGAGGAGUUUGGGGAUUCCUCUCAUUCCAUCUUGGGAGGAUAUUUUAAACAUAAAAUUGCACAGAUCAAAGUAGAACUCUCCUGUGACCUCACUUCAAGGGCCUGUGUUUAACAGAACCAAUCCCAGUUCCCAACCAGUUGUGUAUACCACUGAAGGAAAAUGAACAUACUGAACAGCCACCACUUUUUGUAUUUUCUGCCUACCACACGCCUUGUCAUCUUAUUGGCAGCUUUGACAACUGCUGAGGAUGUGACUAAUAGCACUUUCAACCGCACUGACAUGAACAUGGGAUCUGUGCCUGUGGUGAUCUCCCAUAUCGACCAUAUUAUAGUCAAGGAGGGGAGUAGUGCCUUGAUUGACUGCAAUGUCCAAGGUAGUCCGAGUCCACAUUACAGAUGGUACAAUUCCAACGGCCGCCUUCUUCAAGAGGAGGAGAAUAAAGGAAAAUGGUGGUUUCUUGACAGUGGGCUACUAAACAUUACCAGCGUGUCUUUUGAAGAUAGAGGUAAAUACACGUGUGUCGCAUCUAAUACGUAUGGCAGUAUUAACAAUACCGUGACACUGAGGGUUGUUUUUACCUCCGGAGAUAUGGGAAUCUAUUACAUGAUUGUCUGCCUUGUAGCUUUUACCAUUGUUAUGAUACUAAACAUUACUCGGUUAUGUAUGAUGAGCAGUCAUCUGAAGAAAACAGAGAAAGCAAUCAAUGAAUUCUUCAGAACAGAAGGGGCAGAGAAACUCCAGAAAGCCUUUGAGAUUGCAAAGCGUAUCCCAAUUAUCACUUCAGCCAAAACGCUCGAGCUUGCCAAAGUAACCCAGUUCAAGACCAUGGAAUUUGCUCGCUAUAUUGAAGAGCUUGCUCGGAGUGUACCUUUGCCACCUCUCAUCAUGAACUGCAGGACUAUAAUGGAAGAAAUUAUGGAGGUUGUCGGUCUGGAGGAGCAAGGACAGAAUUUUGUACGGCAGACAGCAGAAGGCCAGGAAACCACUGAAACAGAUGAGCUGUAUAUGAUCCCGAAUGCUUUGAAGCGCAGUGACUCUCCCACAGCUGACUCUGAUGCAUCGUCACUUCACGAGCCACCUCAACAGAUUGCAAUAAAAGUGUCAGUUCACCCAUUGUCCAAAAAGGACUGCAUGGACGGUCAGUCACAAGAAAGCAUGCAGUUGGACACCAAGGAGGAAGACACUCCUCAAACACCAGCACUUCCUGCAGAGCCCCCUCCUGAGCCUUCUGCUGAACUCAGUUCUGAUGACACAGCAUUGGCAAAUGACAAAAAUACAUGCGUUAUAUAUGAAAGCCAUGUAUGACAGUUACUCCUGAAUCUAUGCAUAGCAGGAAAAUCAGGUGGAGCUCUUUUAAAAAUACAUAUUGUACUUGCCGCUAAGCCUUACCUGGAGACUAUCAUAGCAAAAGCAUGUAUAUGGAUUAUUUGGCACUUUCUUCUCAGUUUGACUUUAGUUUACCAUGAUGUAUGGCAGAUUAAUUGCUAUGACAUUAAUAUUAAUUGCUCUUUUCAAUUAGGAGUAUUUCCAAGAAACAUUUACCUCAGCAUUUUCUAGGUUGGAGUCACCUGUAGUGGCCUCCUGGAAGUCAUUGGUAGUCUUUGAUAUAGGACACUUGAACUUACUAAACAUAAAACUGGUUUUCAUUUUCCUCCUUCACUCUCAUUAUUAUUUUCAUCUCUUGCAUUUUUGCAAAUAUUAUCUUGUGAAUUUGAAAUACUGCCCAAGAGGCAGCACUCCAGUAGCCAAAUAAAAUCCUAACAGAACCCAUUUACAAAGCCUGUU